CGGGGCUAAACUAGCCCGCUCCGCGUGAGGUGAGAAUGUAAACAGCCCGCUUCCCGGUUCCCCCAUUUGCAGACACAGAGUGUGAGAAGGAGGCAGGACUAGCUGGAGGCCGCGACCUAUGCCGAGCAGAUUUACAGCCUGUAUCAUGUCUGGAGCCAGCAGGAAGCCUGCUCUUUUCCUCUUCAUCUGUUAUGUCGCUGCCCUGGGAGUCCAGUACCAGACUACACUGUGCUGUUCUGACUUGCAGGGUGUGCAUAUCAUAGUGUUUCCAGAAGAUGGCAUCCACGGCUUCAACUUCACAAGAACGUCCAUUUACCCAUAUUUGGACUUCAUGCCAUCUCCCCAGCUGGUCAAAUGGAACCCAUGCCUGGAGCCCCACCGUUUCAAUGACACAGAGGUCCUCCAGCGCUUGAGUUGCAUGGCCACCAAGGGAGAUAUGUUCUUAGUGGCCAACCUUGGGACAAAACAGCCAUGUCAUAGCAAUGACCCAGGGUGCCCAAACGAUGGAAGAUACCAGUUUAACACAAAUGUCAUUUUCAGCAAUAAUGGAACCCUUGUUGACCGGUACCGAAAACACAACCUCUACUUCGAGGCAGCUUUUGAUACCCCUCUUGAAGUGGAUCGCAUCACUUUCGAUACCCCCUUUGCUGGCAGGUUUGGCAUCUUCACCUGCUUUGACAUACUGUUCUUCGACCCUGCCGUCAGACUGCUGAGAGACCCCGAGGUGAAGCACGUGGUGUACCCGAGCGCCUGGAUGAACCAGCUCCCGCUCCUGGCGGCCAUCGAGAUUCAGAAAGCCUUUGCCAUUGCCUUUGGUGUCAAUGUCCUGGCGGCCAACAUCCACCACCCAUCUCUGGGGAUGACAGGGAGUGGCAUACACACCCCUCUGAAGUCCUUCUGGUACCAUGACAUGGAAAGCCCCGAAGGUCACCUUAUCAUUGCCCAGGUAGCCAAAAAUCCAGUGGGUCUUGCUGGAACGGAGAAUGCAACAGGUAAAACAGACCCUUCCCACAGUAGGUUUUUAAAAAUCGUGUCAGGUGAGCCAUACUGUGAGAAGGAUGCUCAGGAAGUCCACUGCGAAGCCGCCAAGUGGAACAUGGAUGCUCCUCCCACCUUUCACUCUGAGAUGAUGUAUGACAACUUCACCCUGGUCCCCGUCUGGGGAAAGGAAGGCUAUCUCCAAGUCUGCUCCAACAGCCUCUGCUGCCAUUUGCUGUAUGACAGGCCCACCCUGUCCCAAGAGCUCUAUGCCCUGGGGGUCUUUGAUGGCUUCCACACUGUGCACGGCACUUACUACAUCCAAGUGUGCGCCCUGGUCAAGUGUGGGGGUCUUGACAUCCACACCUGUGGGCAGGAGAUCACAGAGGCCACGGGGAUGUUCGAGUUUCACCUGUGGGGCAACUUCAGCACUUCUUAUAUCUUUCCUCUCUUUCUGACCUCAGGGAUGACCCCAGAAUCCCCUGACCAGCUUGGCUGGGAGAAUGACCACUAUUUCCUGAGGAAGCGUGGACUGUCCUCUGGUCUGGUGACAGCAGCUCUUUAUGGGCGGUUGUAUGAGAAGAACUAGGACAAGUGUGUGAUUUGUGAGUGGGCCCUGGCUGUCACAUGGCAGCCCCGCCCCUCCACAAGCCAGAGCAUGUACACAGGAUCACCUCCCCCUGGGGGUGGCCGCCCACUUCUAGAGCACCAGAUCCCACCUGGGAACUGUGGGAAGAGGUGGGAGAGGCAGGUUCCCUCUUCCUCCUACAUGUCAGUGCUUGAGAUGUUUUCUGGUAUUUUCUAUUAAUAUUUGUCUUUUCAAGCCACAUCUUCCUCUAGCACAUCUCUCAGUACACAGUUGGUUUUAAGAUCUGAAACAAAAAUAAAUGUCAGUUGAUAUUUUACACACCCACAAA